UGUUAUGCCUCGGUGUAUUUUAAUGGAAUAUCUACUUCUGCUGUAUGGGAAAGCAGCUAAAAAUAGCAUCUGUGGGUCUCUCAGGGGCUGUUCAUUCUGUGACAGUGACUUGCAGGCACCAGAUCUGUAUGCAGGGCUGCAACAGGGGGGGGAAACCACAGGAUUAUUCUCAGUGACACAACCAUACACUGGAUUUCUUUAAAGCAAUAUAUAAUAUAUUUAAAGCCUUCGGAUUUUUCUUUCUUUCUUUUAAAUUGGGGAAAAAUUAGCUAAAAAUAGAAGAUUUUUUUUUUCUAUUCUUCUACAGAGGGAAGUCUAUUUUUUUUCUCUCUCUCUCUCUCUUCCAGACAUGAAUUUACUGUGGGAAUAUACAGGGAUCUUUCCAACCCAAGGAGGUGCACGGGGCAAUCCGAAGGUCCUCACAAGCUUUCAUCCAGCAGGGAGAGAAGCUUACCAGGAAGAAUACCUGCUUGCGGGAUGUGCCUAUCCAAAACGCCAUAGUGCUUCCGUCUUAGCUUAGCAGACAAUCCAUCUGUCCCUGGAGCACGCUACCAAUGAGAGACUCUACCAUGUUGCAUACAGAGGGGAGUGCCUUACUGAAGGCGGUGUGGCAGGGAAAAUUUAGACUGACGCGCCUCUUGCUGGAGGGAGGAGCUUACAUCAAUGAAGGCAAUUCCCAAGGUGAAACCCCAUUGAUGGCAGCCUGCUUAGCCAAAUAUGAUGACCCCCAGAACAAGUCCAGGAUGGUCAAAUACCUUCUGGAAAACGGGGCUGACCCUAAUAUGCCGGACAAGAUGGGUAAAACGGCUUUAAUGCACGCUUGCUGCAAUCUGACCGGGGCCAGCGUGGUGUCAGUGUUGCUGGAGCAUGGCUCGGACCCCAGUAUGAAGGACUACUCAGGCACAUCUGCUCUUAUGUAUGCGAUUAACAAGGGUGACCGAGACACCCUAAGGGUCCUCUUGGAUGCUUGCAAAGCUAGAGGCAAAGAGGUCAUCAUCAUCACCACUGAUACUUCUCCUUCUGGGACCAAAAAGACAAAGCAGUAUCUCAACUCACCUCCCUCUCCGGGAAUCGAUGAAAAACAAUCACCAGCGAUCUGCAUGUCACCCUCGGACAUUGACCUAAAAACAUCCCUGUCUCCGGCAAGUGAGAAAGAAGAAGCGCGAGAUGUCUUCAACUUUAACAUGGGUUCCAGGCUUACUUGCCCUACAUCCAGCAAAUUAGAAGUUAAAACCUCCGACCACAUACCUAUAAAAGGUAGGAUAGUGAACAAGAAGCAAUUGAAGAGACUAAACUCAGAACCUUGGGGCUUGGUGGCUCCAUCUGUCCUGGCUGCGUCUCACCUUGCUGUACCCACAGAGAAACCUACUCUUGUAGAAUCUGAAGAAAAUCUAAUUGCAGACGUAAACAACUUGUCAAUUAAAAAAAGACCCUUGCUCUCUAGACGUCAUAGCAUAGAGGGUCAAGAUUCAUCUUGCUUUAAAACUGGAGAGCAGUCUUCUGAGGAAGAUCCCACAGGACCAGAUUCUUCAUGGGCUGACAAAGUCCUGUUUAGCCACCUCCACCAACCACUGUCACGGCGCAACACAGCACCCGAGGCUCAGGAAACAUCCAGUGCCACCUUGGCUCCAACCAUUGGGGCUAAUUUACGAGCGGUUCCCCAUCACAAACUGACACGUAUGGAACAUUAUGAAUCAGAUUCCCAUCUGUGCCCUGAUUCUAUUCCAGGUUCCCCAGACUCUGGGCGUGUGUCCUUGGAAAGGAGGAAAUAUAAUGCUUCUCCAUUAACACUUUUCACUAGUUCCUCACGGGAAUCACUGGAGAGUAUUCCCAGUGCUGUCUCUCCGAUGUCUGUCCGUCGUAGGACCCCCGGGCUGCUGGAAAGGCGAGGAUCUGGGACUCUACUUUUGGAUCACAUAUCUCACACCAGACCAGGUUUCUUACCACCACUGAACGUCAACCUCAAUCCUCCAAUCCCAGACAUCAGAGCGAAUGGAAAAGCUCCUUCACCAGUUCAUGGCAGCCAGAAGACCCUCAUUCCUGUGGCCCCAACCUCUCCCAAACACUUUGACGCCAAAGCCAAGAAGAAGCUGAUAAGAAGGCAUUCUAUGCAAACAGAACAGAUCAAACAACUGGCCAGCUUUCAGAAUCUCUUUACUCAAAACGAGUCCUCCAACUAAGGGUCCACUAAGAGGAAAGGAAAGAAGCUCUAACAUGAGGAAUAUAAUAUCUUGUAAUAGUCUCAAGUUCAUAUGUAAUUGCUCCUAUACCUUGUUAGUGGCUCACCAUGGUGUCCUUCCGUAGAUUUGUGUACAAUAAGUAUGGAUAAACAGGAAAUGAUGCUUCCACUGCAAUCACAGCCUAUUUCCAAAACCUAUCUAGGAUCUGAAGAGGUUUAUGAAGUCUUUGCAUAUAUGUGUGAAUGUAACUAGUAGAACUGUGAAAGUCGGCGUCUUCAAAUUUACAUGCUUAGCGGCCAUUUAGGUUUAAGAAACCUGAAAACUUCCCUGGGAACCAAAUGACUUCCUGUCUGUAAUUCAUUAUCUCAUUAGUUUAAGCUGACAAAUCUUAAAGUGAAUGGGAAACCAGCAAAAACAGAGAGAGAAAAAAACUACUCUUCCCCGUGGCGAGGGUACUGAAAGGGUGUAAAUUCUGCAAUAAGACAAUGGAUUGUUAGAAUCCAUGCAGUGUAAUAUUGUCAAUAUAUUUUACUUAUAAAAUAGAUGUCUUUUUUUUGCUACUGCUGGAGAAGUCAUUUGAACCAUAAUCGUGAUCUGCGACAUAUUUUAAGGUUUCAAACAGGGUCAAUCUGAGCUUUGAUUAAGAAAUACUGUUCUGUACCUGCUUAGACAUGAUGAACUGGUGCUGAUCAUUGGGUCUGAAAAUUACCUUCUGGCGCCAUCUUCUGGCAACCUGUGAGAAGAUACUUUUUUUUUUUUUAUCGCUACCAGGUUUUGUGUAUUAGUAGUAGCAGGGUGUGAAAGGUUCAUAUGAGAGAGAGAGAGAGAGAGAGAGAGAGAGAGAGAGAGAGAGAGAGAGCACUUAUAUAUAUUUGACAUAUCUACUAAGGCUUCUGCUUGGUAAAUAUCACCAAAUAAGAUUUUUUUAUUUAAAUGAAAGUAGAAAAUAGAGGAGUUUAUCCGUUUUUUUUUAACGAACUUUUGGUCCAGUGAAAACAUUCCUGACAAAGCACACACACAGAAAGUGUUUACAUUUCUUUCUGUAUAAUUAAUAACAUAUGAAUGUAACAGUAGAUACAUUAGAUUAGGCAAGGCUGCCAUCAGAAAUUGUGGGGCCCGGGACUGACAAAAUAGACAGAUCCCCUCCCUCCCCCCCCCCCCCCCAAAAAAAAAAGUCUGCCGCACUGCUCCACCCCUAUGUGAUGUCAUACAUUGUGACGUUACAUUUGGAUGAAGUUUUUCGGACCUACAGGAAUGGAUCACAGAGAGCUGGUGUGCAGAUGAGGCUUGUUUUAGGAAGUCCUCCCUGUGCAUCAGCCUACUGUUGAUUCACAGACUGGUGAAGCUCUACAGGUAUUGGCUGUAGGAGCCAUGGGUGGGCCCCCCUCUCUGUAAAGACCCGGGACACUGGUCCCCACAGUCCCCCCUGAUGCCUGCCCUGUGAUUAGGAGAUAUUUGCAACAUUAUGUUUAACUUACAGUAUUUUACAGCAGCACUUUGUCCUACAGUAUUUACCAGUGUGUGUGUUUAUAGAUGGGACAUUAAUUCACUGUCUAUGGUGCAGUACGAUGCAGCCACAUUAUUUAAUAAAAACUAAAAAAAAAACUGAGAAACUCUGCACUCAACUAGCACAUUCCAAACAGUAUUCUGUAUAGAGAUGGGAUAUUACUUCCACAUAUUGCAAUAUAUGUAAAGCUGGUCAACUGCAUCUAAGUCUUCCCGUCUGGCCAGUCCUGCACUGCCCCUUAUAAAUGUAAAUAUGACAAUUCCGCUGCUUCCUUCACACUAUUUAUUAGCAGUUACUUAUAUAGCGCCAACAUAUCGCGCUGUGCUUCACAAUUGGGAACAAAACAGUAAAAAAACAAGACUGGGUAAUAACAGACAGGCAUAAAGGUAAGAAGACCCUGCUCGCAAGCUCUCAAUCUGCACUAGAUAUGACACAGAUUUUAAACAAAAGCUAUACUGACACAAUGAAUACAGAGGGAUACACAGAUUUGAUUAUGUAAACACAUAUUUAAAUAUAUACACACACAAACAAGCAAACACACGCACACAUACACACACACAUGUAAAGGAUGGAGAAAACAUUUUUAGUGACGGAACCAAAAUGACUGAUUGCGUUUAAUGCUGCACUAGAGUUUUUGCACAGGUGCGAGCAUUAUGCCCAUUACUGUACCCAAAAUAUUGGUUCAGCCUAGAAUCAUUGCAUAAUCUAUGUAUUUGACAUGUUUCAGCCCUAUGAGAAUUAUUUUUUCAUUGUAAUUUCUGUAUGCUCAUUCCAAGAAAUUAAUCUAAUUAGGUUUCAAAGAAAGCAUUGUCCAGAUUCCAGAAUUAUCUGUUUUAAUGUCCAAUAUCUUAUUUUUUUAAAAUUUGUUUCACAGAGCCAAUGAUUUUAUGCAACAUUUUAAUUAAAAAGUUGUCAUUGUAAUCAGCAUACUGAUCAACUGAUGAACCACGGUCCCUCUCCAAGGAAUAUACCUAGUUGCUUUAAGCUGGUCAAAGCAUGCUUUAAUAUUUGGGUAAAAUAUUCCAGCUACAACCCAGUUCCAGAAGAUUACUAAGCUGGGUUCCAGCAUUCUGGCUACCCAGCAGGUCUAUUCACUCCUGCAUGAUUCCGGUGCCUGCCUAGCUAAUAAAAUACUGGCUCAGCAGCAUGGCCUGUCCCAGGUAGAUUACCUUUUGGGAUCUGGCUAUACUUAGGACAAAUCAAUCCUGAAAUGUGACUGGUCAUCUUUAACAAAGGAAAAGACCAGGGGCGUCUCUAGAGAGGAGGGGACCCAUGUGCAGA